CGCUGCUUUCCAGAGAUACCAACUUCCUCCAGGAGAUUAACUGCAAACAGGAAGCUGCCCCUGCAGGGACCAAACUUAAAGCCAAGUCUCAGGGCUUGGUGACAUUUGGGGAUGUGGCUGUUUUUUUCACCCAAGAGGAGUGGGAGCGGCUCAGCCCUGGGCAGCGGCGUCCGUACUGGAAGGUGAUGCUGGAGAACUACCGGAGCCUGGCCUCGCUGGGACUUUGUGCGUCCAAGCCCGAUAUGAUCACCUUGUUGGAAGAAGGAAAAGAUCCGUGGGUGAUGGAAAGAGAGCUGGCAAGAGGCCUGUGCCCAGACUUAAAGGCUGUGCGUGAGACCAAGGAGUUCCCUGCAGAGGACUUAAGCGAAGAACAGUUAUCCCAGUUAGUGCUGAGAAAACAGCUCCUGCACCGUAGACCCAAGUGCUCUGCGUCAGGGGAAAACUGGGGUGGCAACGCUGUGUUCCAGACACCGACGGGCUUGAAGACCAUCACAGAUAUGGCUAGAGACAGCUCUCCUCAGCUUGCGUCGGCUCCGAAGAGUUUCCGCCAGCAAUCUGUACGUGGGGCCCAGGAUGUGUUUCCAAAGCAAGACUCAAACGCCGAAAGGUUAACGGACUCAACUUGGAGCACUAACCUUGAGUGCUCCACCUUCAGAGCAGAUUGGGAUUCUGAGUGUGUGUUUGAAAGGACACCAUGUGAGCAAGAGACGGUUGCUCCAAACAAAGCCUUCUCCGAGAGGAGACAGCGUGUGUGUAUCGAAUCCGGAAGACGCUUUCAUUCGAGCAGUUCAGAAGAGAGGAGCCACGGUUGUGACUCGGGUCGAAGUCUCCCCCCAAAUUCAGGGCCCAUCCAAGACGCGGGAAGCUGUGCGGGAAGAAAACUUUUCAGAUGCGAGGAAUGUAAGAAAACUUUCACCCAGAGCUCCUCCCUCACGGUUCACCAGAGAACUCACACGGGAGAGAAGCCCUAUCAGUGUGAGGAGUGUGGGAAGGCCUUCAGCGAUGGCUCCUCCUUCGCUCGACACCAGAGGUGCCACACGGGCAAGAGGCCGUACCGGUGCGCCGAGUGCGG